CGGGCUAGAGAACAAGCAAAAACCCCACAAAGUUCAAACUGUAAACUAAGCAAAACCCAUAAUUCGUUUCAUGGCCACCAUUCCCAGCUCUCGCAGUCGAUUAUUUGCACUCGUUAGAAUGCCAUUCUCCAUGUCAAGCUCUCAGCAUCGUUCAACUCCCAGGUGCUAUUGUUCUCAACAGAGCAUUACCUCUAUUGAGGACGAUAAAAAUGGCGACGAAGAAUUGGACCGCUUUGUUAAAUCCAAAGCAUCCGCCAAAACAAAACGAGCUAAAGCCAUGGCACGGCUUAUUAACUCCAAGCCCUGGUCAAGUGAACUUGAGUCCUCUCUCUCUUCACUCUCUCCCUCACUAUCUAAAACCGCUGUACUCCAAACUCUCCGCCUUAUCAGAACCCCAUCCAAAGCCUUUCAAUUCUUCAACUGGGUACACGAAAUGGGUUUUUCUCACACGGACCAAUCGUACUUCAUGAUGCUAGAAAUCUUGGGUCGUGACAGAAAUCUCAAUGUAGCCCGAAAUUUGCUAUUUUCCAUGGAGAAAAGGUCUAAUGGGGUGGUUAAGCUCGAGGAUCGGUUCUUUAAUAGCUUGAUUAGGAACUACGGUCGAGCUGGGUUGUUCCAAGAGUCUAUAAAGCUUUUUACGACAAUGAAGUCUCUAGGUGUCUCGCCUUCUGUUGUUACGUUCAAUAGUAUUUUGACAAUUUUGCUUAGACGGGGUCGAACUAAUAUGGCAAAGGAUAUGUAUGAUGAAAUGCUCAGGACAUAUGGUGUUACGCCAGAUACAUAUACAUUUAAUAUCUUGAUUAGAGGAUUUUGUAAGAACUCAAUGGUUGACGAAGGGUUUCAAUUUUUUAAGUUAAUGUCACGUUUUAGCUGUGAACCGGAUGUUGUUACAUAUAAUACGCUAGUCGAUGGAUUGUGCAGGGUGGGGAAGGCGAGGAUUGCACAUAAUGUGGUGAAGGGUAUGAGCAAGAAAAGCAUGGACUUGAAUCCUAAUGUUGUUACUUAUACGGCUUUGAUUAGAGGUUACUGUAUGAAACAAGAGAUUGAUGUGGCUUUGAUUCUUCUUGAAGAGAUGACUAGUCAAGGGCUUAAACCGAAUAUAAUUACCUAUAAUACACUAAUUAAGGGACUUUGUGAGGCACAGAAUCUGGAUAAGAUAAAAGAGAUUUUGGAAGGAAUGAUGGAAGUAGGAGGAUUUACUCCAGAUACAUGUACAUUUAAUACAAUAAUCCAUGCACAUUGCAGCGCUGGAAACUUGGAUGAAGCACUGAAUGUUUUUGAGAAGAUGUCGGAACUGCAGGUUCGAUCAGAUUCAGCAACCUAUAGUGUUUUAAUACGAAGCUUGUGUCAGAUUGGGGAUUACAGUAGAGCAGAGAAGUUGUUUGGUGAGCUAUCUGAGAAGAAAAUCCUGCUUUGUGAUGUUGGAUGUAAGCCCCUAGUUGCUGCAUAUAACCCCAUGUUUGAAUAUUUGUGUGGAAAUGGGAAAACUAAUAAGGCUGAGAGAGUGUUUAGGCAGUUAAUGAAAAGGGGAAGGCAAGAUCCUCCUUCAUACAAAACUUUAAUCAUGGGGCACUGUAGGGAAGGUACGUAUGAAGCUGGAUAUGAACUGUUAGUCUGGAUGUUAAGGAGAGAUUUUGUGCCAGAGUUCGAGAUCUAUGAAUCCUUGAUUGGUGGUUUCUUGCAGAAGGGAAAGCCUCUUCUUGCCCAGCAGACUCUAGAGAAGAUGCUGAAAAGCUCUCAUCUCCCAAAAACGUCCACUUUCCAUUCUAUACUUGCAGAACUUAUUGAGAAGGGAUGUGCCCGUGAAUCUUCCAGUUUUAUAAUGUUGAUGUUAGAGAGAAAGAUUAGACAAAAUAUUAAUCUUUCAACAAACUGUAUAAGGCUACUUCUUGAUAGGGGAUUGCGAGAUAAAGCAUUUCGGAUUGUUGGCAUGAUUUAUGAGAAUGGGUACUCAGUUAAGAUAGAAGAAUUGGUUGGUUUCCUUUGCCAGAGUAGAAAGCUGUUAGAGGCGCGUGACAUGUUUCUUUUUAGCUUGGAUAAGCAUCAAAAUAUUGACACCAACACAUGCAACACACUUAUAGCGGGCCUUUGUAAAAUGAAAAAACUUUCGGAAGCAUUUGGCUUGUACUAUGAAUUGGUGGAGAAAGGAGUCCAUCAACAGCUGACCUGCCUAUAUGAUUUGAAAACUGCCCUAGAUGCUGGGGGAAGAUCAGAUCAAGCUGAGUUUAUAUCUAAAAGAAUGCCAGGACAGGAACAUUUGGACAAGCCUGCUUCAAAGUCAAGACCUAAACAAUUGUUAGGAGGCAGAGGUCACAAGAAUAGGAUGGAAUCGUUGCAUGGAAUUUCGCAUCAGACCCAGAUUUAUCUAUUAUCGCAACAACUCCUCAAGAUGUCAAGGACUAAUGGUAAUGGUGCUGUUAAUGAAUAUCCUGCACAAAUUAGACGCAUUCCUACCCCAGGGAAGGCAACAGUUCUUGCUCUGGGCAAGGCUUUCCCUAGCCAACUCAUUCCUCAGGAAUGCUUGGUGGAGGGUUACAUUCGCGACACAAAAUGUGAAGACCUGUCCAUCAAAGAGAAAUUGGAGCGCCUGUGUAAAACCACCACCGUGAAGACAAGAUACACAGUGAUGUCCAAGGAGAUCCUAGACAAGUACCCGGAACUAGCGACAGAGGGGUCACCAACGAUCAAACAAAGGCUUGAAAUCGCAAACCCGGCAGUUCUAGAGAUGGCCAUGGCAGCCAGCCUUGCCUGCAUCAAGGAAUGGGGAAGGCCAGCUGAAGAUAUCACCCAUAUCGUCUAUGUUUCUUCGAGUGAAAUACGAUUACCUGGUGGAGAUCUUUACCUUGCCAGCCAACUAGGCCUAAGAAAUGAUGUUGGCCGUGUGAUGCUAUACUUUCUAGGCUGCUAUGGCGGUGUCACUGGCCUUAGGGUUGCCAAGGAUAUAGCUGAAAACAAUCCAGGAAGCCGGGUUUUGUUAACUACUUCCGAAACCACCAUACUUGGUUUUCGCCCACCAAACAAGGAACGCCCUUAUGAUCUUGUGGGGGCUGCACUUUUUGGUGAUGGAGCUGCGGCUGUGAUCAUUGGAACCAACCCACUGAAGGGUCAAGAGUCUCCUUUCAUGGAACUAAACUAUGCUGUCCAACAAUUCUUGCCAGAGACGCAUUCUGUGAUUAACGGGAAGCUUUCCGAAGAGGGCAUAAACUUCAGGCUUGGAAGAGACCUGCCCCAGAAGAUAGAGGACAACAUUGAGGAGUUCUGCAAGAAGCUCAUGGCAAAGGCUAAUUUGAUAAACUUCAAUGAUUUGUUUUGGGCUGUUCAUCCCGGUGGACCAGCAAUUCUUAAUAGGCUUGAGAGCACCCUCAAUUUAACAAGUGAAAAGCUAGAGUGCAGUAGAAGGGCAUUGAUGGACUAUGGGAAUGUGAGUAGCAACACUAUAUUUUAUGUCAUAGACUAUAUGAGGGAGGAAUUGAAGAGAGGGACUGACGAAUGGGGGCUUGCCUUAGCAUUUGGACCAGGCAUUACGUUCGAAGGCAUCCUCAUCCGUUGCCUGUAAUCACAUCUUGCAGCCAUUUUCCUGGUCUAAAGUGCAUGUCUUAUGUACUAUGUUAUGUUGCAUUUGAAGUUAGGAAUUCUAUGAAAUCGGUUGAGUGUGCAACUUCUAAGUCUCUCUAAGUUAUGGAAUAACAUGAAACUUGAUGGCUAGCUGUUUCUCCAAAAGUUUCUUUGUGUUAUUUGAAACGGAAUAAUUUACGGAACUAUAGUACAAGAUCUAGGCAUUA